UUUUCACUCACUUUUCUCAUCUUUUCCUUUUCGUCUCUCUCCUUCUCAGUUUCUCUCUCAUCCGUCAAAACCCUAAAGUGUGGUUUACACCCAUCCCAUUCCAAUGGAUGGUGAUGCGUUGAACAUGCGUAAUUGGGGUUACUAUGAACCAUCCUUGAAACCGCCGCUCGGUCUGCAGCUCAUAUCCACAAUUGCUGAGCGAGGUGUGAAGCAUUUUCUUCCUGGACGCGACCCUUCUGCUAUUGUUAACAUUAAUGGAGCAUUUCAUUCACGGGAGUCUGUUGUUUCUGAAGCAUCAGUACCAACAAACUGGGCGAGGGAUGGUUGGAUGAAUCAUCAAAGUGACAAGUUUUUCAAUAUGUUACCUCCCAAUACAAGUUAUUCUCUGCUUGCACAAACUUCAGCCCCGCAACCUUUGCCAAUUUUACAGCCACACGACACGUCAAGGGAUGAAAUGGUCCUUAGGAUUGAAGAACCAUCUGUGAAGAAGGGAGCUAAACAAUCGAAGAAACGACAGAAUGGAGGUGCUCCCAAAACCCCAAAUCCAAAGAAGCCUCGAAAACCCAAGAAUAAUGAUCCUUCAGUUCAACAGGUGAAGGCACCAAAAAAGAAGCUGGACCUUGUUAUAAAUGGGUUUAAUAUGGAUAUAUCAAGUAUCCCAAUUCCUGUAUGCUCUUGCACUGGAACUCCUCACCAGUGUUAUAGAUGGGGAUAUGGUGGCUGGCAAUCAGCUUGUUGUACCACAAGUUUAUCUGUUCAUCCUUUGCCCAUGAGUGAGAAGCGGCGAGGUGCAAGAAUUGCUGGUCGAAAAAUGAGUCAAGGUGCUUUUAAGAAGGUCUUGGAGAAACUAGCAGCUGAAGGCUAUAACUUCUCUAACCCAAUUGAUUUAAGAAGCCAUUGGGCAAGGCAUGGGACCAACAAGUUUGUCACUAUCAGGUAGAUUAGCAAGGUAUGAUGGUAGAGUGCUGAGUCUGUUUUACAUGUAUAUAUCUGUGGCCUUUUGCAGCAAUCUUGGAGUGUCUUUAGCUGGUAAGUUUUGCUCUUGAUAGUUUAUGGCUUCAUGAACUUGGGAAAUUUCCAUCCUCUUCAAUCCUGAUUCGCUUUGUAGUAGUAGUUCGUGAUUUAUUGGAUUGUUUUUUAAUGUUUUUUUCUUUCUUUCAAUCGUUGUCUUGGAUCAGUUAUCUAAUUAUCAUUUAACCUUUUCAUUCC